CCAUACAACAUAACUCUUUGACAAUGGAUCGCUCAACAAAUACGGCUAGAAAUCCGGUUUACGAACCAAUCCGGGAGCCGCGCAGACGCCGCGUCAUAUUCGAGCUGGCGGUCGCACCGGAGCCGCACAUCUCCCCCCGGCCCGAGGACAACGGCGCCGCGUUUCGGCGUUUCGUGCUGGACGUGCCGAAACCGCUGGACAAGCGCCUGCUGAUCGUCUCCCUGUUCAAUGGCGCCGCCGAUGCCAACUUUCGCUCGCUGAUGCUCGAGCUGAAUGGCGGCCUGCAGGAGGUGCUGCGCGCCGAGGCCGAGGAGCAGGCCAAGGCAGCCAAGGCAGCCAGACCGAUUGAAAUGGCGCACAAGGAGACCAGCGUGACACCCUCGCUCGAGCUGGAGGGCGGCUCGACAACGGACACCUCCUCCGAGACGGAGCACUCACAUUAA